CCGAUCCUCGGCUCGCUGCCCUUUUAUACAAGGAGAGGCGAUUAUUUGAGGGAGGGCAAAGAGCGCAGUGCUAACGGGCACUUUAAUUUCUUCUUUGGGCCGUAUCCCAUUGUUGCCAUCUCGGGGGAGGCUGCGCGGUCGGCAUAUUUUACUACUCGCGGGCUUGAUCUAAGUGCUGGAUUCAAAAAACUCUUCUCAGCAGGCCCUGAUGUUGACAGCCUCCUUGGCCGUAACAUGGCCACCUAUUUCGUGACGCUGUUCAAGCGUCUCACCGGAAAGGAUCAUUUGGCAACCUGUCUCCCCUAUCUCAACCAGGAUGCCCACGGUACCUUUUCUGCCAUCGACACAUCUGUUCCCAUGGAUCCAUUCGUGGUUCUGCGUGAUCUCAUCUGCAAGAUGACGCAUCGUACCGUCGGCUGCCACGACGUUGCUGAAGAUCCUGAGUUGCGGGCGAAAACAAUGAAGUACUAUGACAUGCUGGAUGCGAGCUCUGCUCUUAGUAUCAUGUUCCCCUGGCUGCCAACUCCUACGAAGAUGAACAAGCUUUGGGGAGGAGGAAAGCUGCAUAUGUUGUUUCUAAACAUUAUCAAGGAGAGGAGAAGAACUGGUCGGAGAGCAGAGGACACCGUGCAGGUACUCAUGGAUAAGGGUGAAAGCGACAUGGUCACUGCAGCAUUUAUCAUUGGCGCGCUAUUCGCUGGCUUGAUCAACACUGCCAUUCAAGCAGCGUGGAUCAUCUGCUACCUUGCUUAUGAUCCGGUCUGGUACGCCAAAGUCCAAGCAGAGGUUGAUGCAGCCGUUGCCAAACACCGAACUUCUGAGCAUCAGACCCCGGCUGAAGUCCUGCAAACGCUCUCUGUUGAUACAUGGGAGUCUGAGUUUCCUUCUCUUGACUUGGGAGUGCAAGACAGCAUCCGGCUCAACCUGAUGGGAGCUUCUAUGCGCCAGAAUAUCUCUGGCAAGGACAUUGUGCUUGGGGAUACAGGCGUUAUUAUUCCAAAAGAUGCAUUUGCAGUUUAUAGCAUAUCGGAUGUUCACAUGGAUGAGACGGUAUACAAGAACCCAGGAAGAUGGGAUCCGGGCCGAUAUCUAUCCGACAGAGGAGAAGACAAGGCGAAGCAGCACGGAUAUGUUGGAUGGGGAUCUGGAUUGCACCCAUGUCUGGGCAUGAGAAUUGCGAAAAUGGAACUCUUUGUUUCCACGGCCACGUUUGUGGCAAUGUUCAACUUUAAAGCGGUCGAUAAGCUUGGGAAGCCGAGGACCGAG